GACACAUUCACUCCCAGGCUUGCGGCGCGUAGUAUUGGCUAUGGCACGGAAUUGUCUGAAUACUUGACCCCAUGUUGUCCAAGAUGUGUCCUCAACGUGUCGGCGAUGGUGAGCACCGGAGAGAAGUCCCGCUUGUGCCACGGACCACCGUUUGUGAUUCGAGCCGCCAGUGAGUCAAGUCCAUGGGAUGGGCAUCCACCCACACAGAAAGCCGGGGGUGGAGCUCAAAAGGUGGAUGGCCAACGUUUUCCUGGAUUGCCCGAAGUUGUGCGCUGCUUGUUGGCAUCAUCGCGAGUGCAAGGGGCCUCAAUGGCUGCACGUGGGCGCUUACUUGACCGUCUGCCUCGGUCCUCGUUUGGGGGCACGGUAAUUGGAAUCGUUGCCGGAGCUGUUCCCAACAGGCUGGACCGUGUUGAGAUACCUGUCUUGUCUGGCAUGAAGCUUCGAUGUAUUUGCAAUAGCCAAUUUCGUGUACCAGGUACGACUGAUUCGAGGUUGGAGAUGAGACCCGGCAUCAUUCCAGUCUCUCUAUGGAAAUUGCCGCAUGCAGCUCCAGCUUGCCGUGUGUGCUUCCCCAGGUUCUGCCCUUUUGCUGUAAGAAGGGUCCUGGCUUCAUGAGGGGCUGCCGACUCCCCCUCACGCCUCGUGCGCGGUGACGUUCUCCAUCCUCAAAGCCAUUGAGCAGCCAUCGCCUCGUGUUUGUUGUGAUCCCGGCAACACAGACAAUUAGACGGCAGGACCAGUCAAAAAGCCCGUGCUAGAGGCGUUCCAGGGUGCCAUGUCGAAGGCCCGGAGGAUGUUGUUGCGACAAAGACCG